GGUGUUGCUGACAUUUUUAGGUGCUGAGGCCACAUCCCUGCUCCAAUUACCGACCUAGCCCUGCCGUUAACUACCCAAACCUUCCUUAAUAGUCCCCUCUGUUGACUGGCUCCGUGGAUGACUUAGGAAGAAGUUAUCAGCCAUAGGAAUUCGUCACCAUCCUACCUGUGACCUUGAAUUUCCAGUUGGACAGGUGCAUAUUUCUCACCUGUAGUUGCAAAGCGGGCAAAAAUGACCUCAAAGAAAGGCUCGGAAACAAGUAAACGAGAGGUCAAUGUGUCGGGGAUGUCGUUCCUGCGCGGUUCGGCCAACUAUGUGUGGUGCACGACGUCGGUGCUGGGCAAGGGGGCGACGGGGGCUGUGUUCCAGGGCGUCAACAGGCACACCGGUGAGCCCGUGGCGGUGAAGACGUUCAACCAGCUGUCCCACAUGCGGCCACACGAGGUUCAGAUGAGGGAGUUUGAGGUGCUGAAGAAAGUCAACCAUGAGAGUAUCGUCAAACUUCUGGCCAUUGAGGAGGAGCAAGAGGGCCGAGGGAAGGUCAUUGUGAUGGAAAUGUGUACGGGCGGGUCGCUCUUCAACAUCCUAGACGACCCGGAGAACAGUCACGGGCUGGAGGAGGGAGAGUUCAUACUGGUGCUCUCACAUCUCGCUGCCGGCAUGAAGCACCUCCGAGACAACAACUUGGUGCACCGUGAUCUCAAGCCGGGCAACAUCAUGAAGUUCAUUGACAUUGACGGCUCCACCAUCUACAAGCUGACGGACUUUGGCGCGGCGAGAGAGCUCCAGGACGACCAGCAGUUCAUGUCUCUCUACGGCACAGAGGAAUACUUGCACCCAGACAUGUACGAGCGAGCCGUGCUGAGGAAGCCUGUUGGGAAGACCUUUGGUGCCCGGGUGGACUUGUGGUCGAUAGGUGUGACACUUUACCACGUGGCGACGGGAAUGCUUCCCUUCCGUCCCUAUGGUGGGCGCCGCAACAAGGAGACCAUGUACCAUAUCACCACGGAGAAGGCGCCGGGGGUCAUCUCAGGGGUGCAGACCUCGGAGAACGGGCCCAUUGAGUGGUGCACGUCCUUUCCGGAAACCUGUCAGUUGAGCCUGUGA